AUGACCGAAGUCGCAUCUCAGUCCGCUAUGGCCAAGUCGCGUGUUCCUCUUGAAUACCGCGAUUACUGUGCCAAUCUGCUCAUUAAGUUGAACAAGUGCCGUGGCGAGACUUUCUAUUUGCCCUGGAAGUGCGAGAACGAGCGUCAUGCAUACGAAAAAUGCCAAUACGAUGACUUCAAGAAGCGUGUAGAGGCCAAGGCCGACGAAUAA